ACAACAACAGGACCACCAGGAACUACCACUCAACCACCUGAAACAACAACAGGACCACCAGGAACUACCACCACACCUCCAGAAACAACAACAGGACCUCCAGGAACUACCACUCAACCACCUGAAACAACAACAGGACCACCAGGAACUACCACUCAACCACCUGAAACAACAACAGGACCACCAGGAACUACAUCUCAACCACCUGAAACAACACCAUUGCCCCCAGGAACUACCACCAAACCUCCAGAAACAACAACAGGACCUCCAGGAACUACCACUCAACCAACUGAAACAACAACACGACCUCAGGGAACUACAUCUCAACCACCGGAAACAACAACAUUGCCCCCAGGAACUACCACCAAACCUCCGGAAACAACAACAGGACCUCCGGGAACUACAUCUCAACCACCUGAAACAACACCAUUGCCCCCAGGAACUACCACCACAACACCAGAAACAACAACAGGACCUCCAGGAACUACCACUCAACCACCUGAAACAACAACAGGACCACCAGGAACUACCACCACACCUCCAGAAAUAACAACAGGACCUCCAGGAACUACCACUCAACAACCUGAAACAACAACAGGACCUCCAGGAAUUACCACUCAACCACCUGAAACAACAACAGGACCUCCAGGAACUACCACUCAACCACCUGAAACAACAACAGGACCACCAGGAACUACCACUCAACCACCUGAAACAACAACAGGACCUCCGGGAACUACAUCUCAACCACCUGAAACAACAACAUUGCCCCCAGGAACUACCACUCAACCACCUGAAACAACAACAGGACCUCCAGGAACUACCACUCAACCACCUGAAACAACAACAGGACCUCAGGGAACUACAUCUCAACCACCGGAAACAACAUUGCCCCCAGGAACUACCACCAAACCUCCGGAAACAACAACAGGACCUCCUGGAACUACAUCUCAACCACCUGAAACAACUCCAUUGCCCCCAGGAACUACCACCACACCUCCAGAAACAACAACAGGACCACCAGGAACUACCACCACACCUCCAGAAACAACAACAGGACCUCCAGGAACUACCACUCAACCAACUGAAACAACAACAGGACCUCAGGGAACUACAUCUCAACCACCGGAAACAACAACAUUGCCCCCAGGAACUACCACCAAACCUCCGGAAACAACAACAGGACCUCCGGGAACUACAUCUCAACCACCUGAAACAACAACAGGACCACCAGGAACUACCACUCAACCACCUGAAACAACAACAGGACCUCCAGGAACUACCACUCAACCACCUGAAACAACAACAGGACCACCAAGAACUACCACCACACCUCCAGAAACAACAACAGGACCUCCAGGAACUACCACUCAACCACCUGAAACAACAACAGGACCACCAGGAACUACCACUCAA